GCGCGCGAUCGGGGGAUAGUGCUGUCAUGGUGGAUGUGUUGAGGCGUUUGUUGUUCCGGUACCGGGAGUACGUUAUUAGGAAUCCGGGGGCAGCCGCUCAGCUGGAGGGCUCGGUGCGGAGCGUGUCCUACAUCAUUGCCGGGCGGUUUGCAGAUUCCCACGAAUUCUCUGAGCUUGUGUACUCUGCUUCCAACUUGUUGGUGCUGGUGAAUGAUGGAAUCCUCAGGAAAGGCAUUGCUCCAACACUGCUGGUGUCUGACACUCAACGGCGGUUGAUGACGUGGUUGACAGUUUUGGAACAUUUGGAAGUUUUCACUGAGAUGUGCUCGGCCAAGUUUUGGGGUGAAAAGUGUCGAUGGCUGGUGAUUAUCCUCAUCCAGUUAGCUAAAGCAACCCUAAGGAUCCUGCUGCUGCACUGGUAUAAGGCUGGAAUCCAGACUUCUCCCCCCAUUACGCCACUGGAUAGAGAGAGACAUCUACACAGGGGCAGCUGUGAAGACAACGUGACAGAGGCCGAGGUAUCCUUACAGUUUACUUCUACUAUCUUCAUCGGACAGCGUUCGAAGAGAGUAGUAAGGACACUCAAUAGUACUCCAGCUUUGCAGCUACGUCGCUGGGGCAGUCCUCAAGAGGAACAGAGACAAUGGAGUUCACAGGCAGGAAUUCAGCACCCUCCAACCAUCCUCACCCAGCAGGAAAUUCUGGCCGAGUCACUGUACAUCACCCGCCCACUGGUGCACUUGCUGGCAUUAGGAAUGUGGGGACAGAAAUCCUGGAAGCCAUGGCUCCUUUCUGGCAUUGUGGAUAUUGCAAGCUUGAGUUUAAUGCGGGACCCGAAGGAGAUGAGACAGAGUGAACGUGCUGAAUUGCGUCGAAGGACCUUCCUCUUACUAUACUACUUACUGCGAUCCCCAUUCUACGACUGUUACUCAGAGACUAAGAUCCUCUUCCUGCUCCGGAUACUCACUGACUAUGUUCCUGGAGUCAGUCUGCUGGCUCGUCCAUUGAUGGAUUAUUUACCAGUUUGGCAGAAGAUAUAUUUUUACAAUUGGGGUUAACUGGAUCCUUCUGCCAAAAUGUACAAAAGUAAAUUGUGCUGUUCACAAACACCUGCUUAUCCAGCAUUAUGCACAGCUCGGACCAUCCACAGAUCCUGUUUGGAAUGCCUCUUUGUUAAAAUUGGAGACAGAGACCAGCUCUCGGUAUCUCAGUCUGUGUCAGGGACCAGGUCUCGGUCUGUCGGACCGCGUCGGGCACCAGUCUCGGUCUGUCGAACCGCGUCGGAGACCAGCACUCGGUCUGUCGGACCGCGUAGGAGACCAGGUCUCGGUCUGUCGAACCGCGUCGGGGAUCAGCACUCGGUCUGUCGGACCGCGUAGGAGACCAGCUCUCGGUCUGUCGGACCGUGUCGGGGACCAGGUGUCGGUCUGUCGAACCGCGUAGAAGACCAGCUCUCGGUCUGUCGGACCGUGUCAGGGACCAGCUCUCGGACCGCGCCGGGGACCAGGUCUCGGUCCGUCGGACCGCGCCGGGGACCAGGUCUCGGUCCGUCGGACCGCGCCGGGGACCAGGUCUCGGUCCGUCGGACCGCGCCGGGGACCAGGUCUCGGUCCGUCGGACCGCGCCGGGGACCAGGUCUCGGUCCGUCGGACCGCGCCGGGGACCAGGUCUCGUUCAGACUGUAUAACAUGCUGGCAGUGAUAAUUCCUGAUUUUGUGGUUAAACUGUUUCUUACUGUCA